ACACAUGCCAUGCAUAAAGGGGGGAUGGAGACAAGGCUGGUCUAUCCAUCUUCCGUUCCUUCUUCUGCUUCUGUCCCCGACACCCAACAGUCAGAGAGACGACCCUCGUUUCCCCGUGACAAUAUAUUUAGCCCCAUCAUCGUCCAUAGCCAUCGAAGACGCGGAGGGAAGAACGAGAAGCGCCAGCAGCAGCAGUAGCAGCAUCUCCGAGAGCUUCGACAUGAGCGCCAUCGAGGAUGCCGCCGCUGAGGACGAGAGGGACCUGAGGAAGCCUUUGCUCCACCCGGGGAUCUGGUACGUGAUGAAGGGGAAGGGGUCGAGCCGGUCCUCCAGCCUCUCCGGACCGGCGCAGGUCCUCCGCAACGGCUCCUUCUCCGCCCUCCUCUGCGUCCUGAUCGUCGCCUUAGGCCCUAUUCAGUUCGGAUUCGCCUGCGGAUAUUCGUCUCCCACGGAGGACGACAUAAUAAGCGACCUCGGCCUUUCGCUCUCGGAGUAUUCGAUCUUCGGCUCGUUGGUGAACGUGGGAGCCAUGAUCGGGGCCAUCAUAAGCGGCCAGAUGGCGGAGUACGUCGGCCGGAAAGGGUCGCUGAUGAUAGCCGCAGUCCCUAAUGUUAUAGGGUGGCUGCUAAUAUCAUUUGCCGAGGAUUCCUUCUUCUUAUACACGGGAAGGUUGCUGGGAGGAUUUGGUGUGGGUGUGAUUUCUUAUGUGGUGCCGGUAUAUAUAGCCGAGAUAUCGCCUGAUGAUAUGAGAGGAAACCUGGGAUCUGUGAAUCAGCUCUCGGUUACAAUCGGAACAUUGUUGGCUUACCUUUUUGGACUAUUUGUCAACUGGAGGAUCCUUGCUAUCUUGGGGUCUCUGCCCUGUAUAAUAUUGAUUCCUGGCUUAUUUUUCAUCCCAGAGUCUCCUCGAUGGUUGGCCAAAAGGGAUUUGAGAAAGGAACUUGAAGCGUCUUUGCGCGUCCUGCGGGGAUUUGAUACCGAUAUUUCGCAUGAAGUUAAUGAAAUCAAGACAUCUGUUGCAUCAACAAGCGAAAGAACAACAAUCAGGUUUGCAGAGCUCAAGCAGAAAAGAUAUUGGUUUCCUUUGAUGGUAGGUGUUGGACUACUUAUUCUCCGGCAACUCAGUGGCAUCAACGGUGUUUUAUUCUAUUCCACAACAAUAUUCGAAAAUGCAGGUAUUUCUUCGAGUGAUGUCGCGACUGUUGGAGUCGGCGCUAUCCAGGUUAUUGCCACUGGGGCUACCACUUGGCUUCCGGAUAAGACAGGCCGACGGCUGCUUCUAAUAGUAUCCUCGUCCGCAAUGACUCUGAGCCUUCUUGUUGUGGCGGUAGCAUUCUAUAUUGAGAGUUCUGCUUCAGAAGACUCUAAACUAUACAGCAUAAUGGGGAUAUUGUCGGUGGUUGGGCUUGUGGCUCUUGUGGUUGCCUUCUCUGUGGGAAUGGGACCUGUCCCAUGGGUUAUCGUGUCUGAGAUUUUUCCGGCGGAUAUUAAGGGCCUCGCCGGCAGCAUGGCGACGUUGGCAAACUGGUCAACAACGUGGGUGGUCACGUUGACAGCUAACUGGAUGUUGGAUUGGAGCGCCGGAGGUACCUUCACAAUCUACACAGCCAUGGCUGCUUGUACUGUUGUCUUCGUGAUGCUCUUUGUCCCAGAAACUAAGGGAAGGACUCUGGAUGAGAUCCAGUCGUCGUUUGAAUGAUUCUUGCCUCCUGGCGUCACAUUGGAUUUCUUUUUUUUCUGCUGAGUAAUACUGCGGUGGAUUUGAU